GUCUGCAGAGCCGUUAAAUUAGGCUUAAAGCAACCGACGGCACAGGCAACUUCUGUGCAUUGUUUUGUUAAAUACUUUACUUAAAUGGCCCACUGCCUGUUUGCUUUUUGUAGUUCCUGCUAAUUACGUAAUACCCGCGGCCCAGUACAGUGUUUUUCGCAGCUCCAAUUUAUGUUUCAAAUACUUUCGCUGUUUAUUAAAGGAGCUGCAUGUCACACGCCUUUCUAAUUAACAAAUAACUCGCACAAUUUGCUUUUAAUAUUUUUAGUUUUAAUGGUGUACUGUUUAUACAAAUCAGGUAGCUGCAACACGAUUUUGCUGGCAAUUGCCACUUGUGCACCCACUGCGUAUGCGUAACAAAAUGCACUUAAAAUGUUUGAAUUUUAAAAAUAUUUGUGCUAAUGAAAUCAAAGGCCAGCCCGAAAAGUCAGGAAUUUAUUUAAUUUCUGUCCAAAAGUGUAUGUCAAACCGGGGCUCAACUAAUGGGAUUUAUCCAUGAAAAAAAUGCAUGCAUAAAUUCAUCGCACAAAUGUCUGGUCAAAUUCUAUCACAAGUGUUUACGACUCGUUAACUAAACGAUUUCGUACACAAACGUGCAACAAAUAUUUGCAGAGAUACGCCAAAAGCAACAACGACGACAUCUGAUGCUAUUGUUUAGCAAAAAUAUGAAAAUAUGCAACACAAUUUGAAUCGGUGAAGCAGUCAACCUCCGACAUAGUAUCAGCAGGACCAGAAACAGAAGCCAUAGCAAUCAGGCAGCAACCCACAUCCCUCACAUUUUUCAUCUCGGAAAAUUGUGAAGAGGAAAUUGGGGGAAAUAUACGCAGCUUGCUCUGGCAGAAAACUAAAAACUUUGCCAGGCAUUUUGUACAUACAUACAUAUAUAUAUAUAUAUACAGAAAUGUGGAGCAACAAGAAACAAUUGGCUUUUAUUGAAGUAAAAUUUAAUAAAGAAGUUUUCAAUAUGUUUUGGCAAUAUGUAAACAAUCAACUCGGCUCCAAAAAUCAUAAAUAUUUUCAUUACGACAAUGCAACAAAGGCCAAACUUUCGGCGACUUGAGUGUUUCUGCCUCUAGUGUCCUUGUUGUUGCUAUUUUUCUACUUCGAGUGCAGCUGCCAAAAUUUCUCAAUAUGCACUGCACAAAUAUUUGUAUAAAUUUCAGUACAAUUUGUGUUUUCAUUAAAGGUCUUCGCUUACAAGUGUUGACUGCACGAUUUGUGUCAAACGUUUUUCUGACGAAUUUAUUGGACGAAGGCAAAAAUAUUAUCAGCACUUAAAUGUCACCACAAUCUGUAGCCUUUGGUCGGCAAACAGCUUGAACCGAAGGCAAAGUAGAGAAAAGUUGGCUGGGAAAAGGGAAGUCCAAUUGAAUUCCAGGUGGUGAAAUGGAAGUUGGAAUUUAUAGGGCCCCGAGAAAAAUUUGGUAAUCUGAAUUGAUUUACACCAUUGGUAGGAACAUUUCCAUGAGCAUGGUUUGGAUUUUUAAAUGCCUCAGUCUAUAACCACCUAGAUUUAGUUUCAAUCUUAAUUUGAAAAUUUAUAACAGCAUGCUAUUCAUAGGAAUUUCGCAUCCCCUGAUAUGAUUUAUAAUACGUAUAGACGGGCAAUUACCAAAAAUUCACCUGCCAUGCCUAUGCCGUCAGCCUUAACCGGGUUUUUCCCGGCACUCGGCCAGGCUAAUUUGUUUAGAGCCAACUUGACCACACACACACACAAAUACAUCUGCAUAUGGGACAAACUAGGCCGACAUUGCCAUUUAUAAUAAUUGAACAGCGACCCGCACAAAACCAAACUGCGAACCGCCAACGUUCGCUGGCAUAAAUUGAUUAACUUCCUAUUGACCAGGCCAAAAGGUAUGCGGGGGCGUCGGGGAAAAGGCGGGGGACACGGCCACGCCAGUGGAGCGAACAUUUAAAUGUGCACUUUGUGCUCUAUAAUUAACCGAAAAUUAUGUGCGUCGCUCUAGCUAAACCAUAUUAAGUGUAACACUUUGAAAUUUCCAUUAUUUUCUUAAUUGUAUUUUGUUUUCGAGGUUUUUGAGAUCUACGAUCUAGAUCGCAUAAGAUAUCUAAUGAAUAAUUGAACCUUUGGCCAGUACAAUUUAUGCAGUAAAUUUGUGUUAGAACGAGCUAAUUAUUUUGGCCAGUGCAUUUUUGUACGUCCAGCAGAUUGGAGGCUUGUGGGGGCGAUAUUGUGCUGGUAAUCCGCGUAGGUCUACAAACAAAUUACGAUUUAAACUAAUUAAAAUACAUAAAUGUGGGGACGUGAUGCUGGAACACUCGCAGCUCUCCUCCAACUCGCUCAUCCAAGUUAAUUGCGGCCAUUCCGGCACAGGGCAUCCAGCGAUCCACCGCCCAACUCCACAGACCGGAACUCCGCAACGGCGAGCAGAGUCACCGACUCUCUGGCAAACUAACAACGACGAGGGAUUGGGACUCGUACUUGGAAUCGGAAUCGGAUCCAUUUCAUCCCAUUCCAUGCCAUGGCAUUCAGUCACCACCGGCAACAGCAUGUUGGGCAAGUGGGGAAAUUACGGCAGCAUUAUGGUACAUUAUCUGCUGCAGACCCCAAAAAUCCAGCGACAACUUCAUUCGCCGCAGGAGGGAGUGAGAUGGCACGCGGGCGGGAAAGGGAGAGAGAGUUGUGAAGCAGAGAAAAAUUUAUGUUUGACAUUAACAGCAGUGCGGAAUUCAAUGAAAAACAAGAACGAGGGAGGGUCGUGAAGUUGCGUCUCAUUAAAAUAGUUGAUAAAAUGUUGUUAUCAUUUGCUAAAGUUAUAAAAUCGAUAGUAUGUAUAACUAACACUGGGUUUUUUUAGAAACUGUAGAUAAAUCUAAUCUCAUUAUUGUUUUAGUUUGCUGAAAAAGACUUCCCAAAGAAUAUGCCAGAAUGCUGACCAAUUUGAGCGUAUAAUAUAGACUGCCCAAGACAAUUUAAUUAAUUGAUCACAUGUGAGAUGAAUUCAGUCCGAUUCUGCGAAAUGCCGAGGCACAACCUAUGCCUCACUGAGUGGCACACUGUUUAAUGAGUAAUUAGUUUAUAUGAUGAAAGUGAUGAAAUGUUAAAAACCCUGUAGAAAUUUAAGGAAACAAUGCUAGAUACCAAACUAUAGCUCUUCUAUCCGCCGAUCCACCCUCGUUGGAACUUAAUUGUGGGCAUUCGAGAGGGCCGCCUCAUGGGUUUUAGGGUCCAGAUCGACAUAUAGUUGAGCUCCGUUACCAUGGCUGUAUAAACAACCUCCCCAACGCGCCGCUGCUUUCCACACUCAUUUCGUUGCUGAAUGGAAUGGAUGGCAUGUUGGUGGUGUCGCUGGUGUUUUGAUCUAUGGAUGCAUGAAUGAUUCGCUGCGCACCGCAGCAGCAACAGCAACAACGGCGUAAUGACACCAGAAAACAAUUGAAAUAAUUUUAGCAGAAAUUUUUGUUAGCUCACCGACCCAGGGCAGCUAACUUUAUUCGUGGUGUGUGUGCUUGACCAUUUUUUUUUUGUGUGCCUCAGUUUUCAUUUCAACUCCAAGCGGACGAAAAGUUGCAGCGAAAAAAUCGAAAUUUCUGUGAAAUUAUAUAUAUAUAUAUUGUGGUCGAAAAAACCGCUUAAAAAAGGCGUACGAUAAUUAAUAAAUGCGCUUAAAUGCGCCAUGAACUAUGCAAAAGUUAUGUGCUAAAAGUGAGAGUUCAUAAGUGAGCAUUGCAACUGGCAAUCAUGUGGAAUGCAUUAAGGAUUCAACAGAUUUUGCGGCUACUCCCGAUUCUGCUUCACCUGUCGCCGUUCUGUUCGGCCCAACAGACUCACAUUAAGUUGGAGCAGGGCGAUCUCAUUGGGCUCAAGGUCUUUCCGGAUGGGACACGUGGCGCUGUCUACGCCUUCUUGGGCAUUCCCUACGCCCAGGCUCCCCUCAACGAACUACGAUUUGCUCCCGCCAAGCCGAGCUCCAGUUUCAAUCGCACCCUCCAGGCCACCACCAUGCAGCCCCUAUGUCCGCAGCUCGCGAACACCAUCUACGACGAGAGCUCCGAUGGCGGCGUGCCGAGAUCAGUGAGCACCGACGAGGACUGCCUGUACCUGAACAUUUGGACGCCGGAGUCGGGGAUGCGGUAUGGCAAGCUGCCCGUAGUGGUCAUUGUCACGGGUGAGGAGUUCGCCUACGACUGGCCCAGAAAUCGCAUCAAUGGCUUGGAUCUCGCUGGAGAGGGCAUUGUGGUGGUCAGUGUCCAGUACCGAAAUAAUAUCUACGGAUGGCUGAGUCUGGGCGAACAGCACCGUAAUGUGCCUGGCAAUUAUGGACUUAGUGAUGUUCAGAUGGCACUGCGUUGGAUUCAAAGGAAUGCAGAUGCCUUUGGCGGCAAUCCAGAUCACAUUACUCUCCUGGGGCAUGGGAGUGGAGGAGCCCCUCUGGCACUGGUUGCUACGCUGGAGGAUUCCAGCUUAGUAAAACAGCUGGUGCUCAUGUCACCAGGUCCUAUUAUGCGUGCCUUGGGCCAGAGUCACCAAAAGCGGAUAGUGGAAACUGGUCAGGUGCUGGUACAGAAAUUGGGCUGCCAAUUUGAGGAGGCCCAACGUCGCCAGUUGAUGGGUUGUCUUAGGCGCAAGAGCCGGGAGGACUUGCUCCGUGCCUACGAAAGCGUCUAUAACCAUGGCAACGGAAGCUCCCAGCUGGGAGUAAUUCUACCUGAAGGUUUGCCACUCGAACAACGGCUUCGUAACAAAACAUUGCCCCCCGUACUUCUGGGCAUCACCUCCAACGAAGGAGCCUUCCUGCAGGACUAUUGGCUGGAUGUGGCCAGGGAGGGUCAGGUGGCGCUUCAUAGGUACAUCAAUCACACAUUGUUGCCAAGUGUGAUGCGAGCACUGGAGUCGGUGGGUGAGGAGAGCUCCUCCCAACUGGCGGCCAUUAGAUGGAGGUACUUCAAUGGCAAAGGAGAUGGAGUCAGUCACUUGCUGACUGGAAUGCAACGCUUACUCUCGGAAUCGCUCUAUGAGUUACCCUUCUCACGACUCUUGGAGCUUCUGAAUGGAACCAUUAGCUAUGCCUACGUAUUCGACCAAUCCCACUCCAUGGACAUGCGAGGCAAACGGAAUCUUUUCGGGGGAGCCUCCCACAGCUCAGAUCUGCCACUUCUGCUAGGUCCGAGUCUGUUCCAGCAGAUAGCUCGUCGCAGAUUUAGUGGCGAAGAGGAGCAGCUUUGUCGGAAAAUAAGAGGCGCCUUUGCGAACUUCAUUAAAAAUGGCAACCCCACACCGGGGCGGAUUUACGACGGAUGGUUACCCUAUAACAAGGAGAACCCAUUCGUUUAUAGCUUGGGAGAACAAGCAAAGACCCCGCAGACAGGAUCAGUGGAUGAAGCCGAGGUGGAUAAGCUACUUAAAGGGGAGACAGAAGCCCAAGGACUAGAUAGAAGCUUAUCGCGUACCAACCGCCACGAUACCUAUAGAGCAGCACCCUCCAAUUCAUACAGGGCCAGCAAUCAACUGGACUCGGGUUACUCCAAUCACUUGCAAAAGGUUUACGGCUUCUGGCAGGUGCUAAUGCCCUUGGAACGGGAGGAUGACUUGAGGGGAGGAGGAGCUCUGGGCCAGCGAGUACGGCUCUUAGAGGCGAGUGCCGAUGCAGCACGCUACCGCCAGGGAUUCUAUGCAAUGCUGGGGCUAGUAUGCCUGCUCCUUGCCUGCCUGUGCCUGUGCGUUUAUCUUCUCAAAAGAGACCCGAAUGCAAUGCGAAGACGCAGUGCGUCCUCGACUUCAGAUUGCUACAGCUUAUGACAUAAGUGGUUUCGUUGGACGACCAUCUUUGGGGGCCGCAAGGACGAGGUACCAUCGACCUCGGGCAUUGCUAAUGUCGAGUCCUGGCGCAAAGGUGGUCGUGCAACGAAACGGGAGCAGGAUGGAAGCGGAGCAGCUGAGUCUGGAGUCGGGGAAGGUAAUCUUGAGGGGGACCGACGAGACCAGGUCCUCAACAAACAGCGGACAAGACGUCCACGUCAGUUGCAGCCGUACGAUUACAAGAUUACCUACCCUGUUGGAGGAGCAGGAGUUGGAGCAGGAUUCGGAACAGGAUCAGCAGAAGGUGUUAGAAAUGGAGCAGGAACAAGAGGUGGAACGGGUCCGGGAAUUGGAGGUACACUUGGAACUGUUGAGGAACUCCUGGACCCUGUCGCCGGCAAAUUCGAGCCGAGUGUGGCUGUUAGGAACUGGCAGUACCAGUUGACUUGUGAUAAGUUCUAAAUGCAACCAAAAAUGUUCAUUGUAGUUUUGUAUGUGUACUUUUAACUUAAAUGUUUACACUUCUCCGUGAUUAAAUAAACCAACAUUUUACACGUUUAA